AUGUCCCAUCGAAAACUCCGGAAUGCAUGCGAUACUUGCCACCGGUCCAAGGUUCGGUGCUCUGGGACGUCUCCCUGCUCACGAUGUGCUGGGCAUGGUAUCGAGUGCACCUAUAGCCCCUCAAAUCGGCCCGGGAUACGGGCACCCCGCGCCCGGAACGUGGAUAAAGCCCAAAUGUUCUCCUCCCCAUCUUCUGAGGCCAAUCAAUAUUGUAUGACCGCAGGCUCGGCUUCGGCUGACAGUGAAGCUCUCACAACCAACGGUUCAAACUGUCCGAGCUUGCCAUCUCUGCUGCCUGCCCUUACUAGCGCUGAGGACUGGCUAGGCAAUGUAGCGGGGAGUUUACCAAUCGAAGAAGCUACCACCCAUCUCUCGGAUUUGAACAGCACCGCCAGCAUGUAUGACACACUUCCUCCCAUCGAUCUAAUGACACCUCUCCCCAAGGUAACACUCGGGGACGCCACCGAAAUCCGCAACGGCGGGAGCAAUCAGUCCCCUGUGAGCACGCAGCGUCACAGCCAAGAUCAACCACAUAUCUCUUGCGCGCUAGGCACCCUGACCGUUAUGCGGGAUAUCCAACACACACUAUGCGGCCAGCAAGAGUCCGUUUCCCUCGUUGUGCUCGUCUCCCUCCUCGAUCGGGCCCUUACCCUAACGAAGAACAUGAUGCAGUGUGAGCGCUGCCGGGUGCGAACCGACUGCCUUCUCCUCACCACCAACCUGUUGAGUUAUGCGCUCAUAAUACUCACUCAUGCUGGGCAAAGAUUGCUCUCGAGGAAUCACCGAACAAGCCCCCCUUCCAUCCCAUGUGGAAUUGAGCCUAUAACAGCCUCAUCGGCCGACACGGUCUUUACUAUCUACAUUGGGGAUGUGAGGCUGGACCUCGCCUCCCACAACCGCAUGUUGUCCCAGUUGGCACUUCAGAAUAUUGAAGGCCAAGUAAAAAGCAGCCUGCAGACCUUGUCAGAGCGGAUUGAGCAGGUCCGGCGGAACCCAGAAAAACAGGAAUCGGAGCUGGAUAUUCUAACGGUGGCGUUCAACCAUCUAGAGAAUAUAUUUACCAGUAUCCAACUCUCGUUUAGCCAGCUGGGCUAG